UUGACAAUAUUUACUUAUUUCCCCCCACCUCACUCACACCCAUGCUCCCCCGCCCUAGUUCCCUUAAAGAGUUCCAGGAGAAAAUUUUCUCCCCUCAAGAAAGGAAAGAGAAAGUCCAGCCGCUAUACGGCAAUACUUUUAAGCUCGACUAAAUGAUCGUAUCCUUUUCUGGCUUCGAAACUUUUGUACCUAAAAAUCGAGAGAGGCGCUGCAUUUUUUCAGCUGAAACUGUCAAAACUUGGAGAAGGGGAACCUCGGAGGCAGGCAGGAGAGGAGGAGAAUCCUGCAACUCGGUGGAGGUUGGGAAGAUGCUGUGCCUCGAGGAUUAGUUUAAACAGGGGGCUAUAAAAGAUGUAACAGAUGCAAACUGUAACACAAGGGCCAUUAACCCCUUCUCUGCCGAACACACUCAGUCCCCACGCCCCGCACCUAUUGUCUCCUGUGCUAGCAGCUUUGCGGAAAACCUGGAAAUUUUGGCCAGAAAUGGUGAGAAGAAAAAGCAUGAAGAAGCCGCGAAGUGUGGGGGAGAAAAAGGUGGAAGCGAAGAAACAGCUCCCGGAGCAAACUGUACAAAACCUCGCCAAGAGUGUCGGGAGGCAGGACCGUUAUUCCUGCGGAGCAGGAGAGAGAGAGACCCUGAAACACGCGCCACCUAUCUUUGUGGGGAGGGAUAAUUGAAGCGCCCUGAGCGUGAGCAUCAUGUGAAAACGUGAUCGCCAAGUUUCUCUCUGGGAAAGGAUCUGGGAUAGAUUAUACCUUGAAGUCUCCGCAAACGCUUUAGUGGAAGAAAUGAAAUUCCACCUCCCUCCCUUCCUCUCUCCCUCCCUCUCGCCUCCCUCCCUCCCUUCUCCACGCCCCCCCCCCCCCCCCCCCCCGUCAAGCCUUUGGCAUCAUUAUCCUCAUCACUAAAUCCUACAGAGUACAGGGCGGAAAACGGUGCACACCAUUCACAGAACUGGAGAACUCUAAGGGGCGAAAGUUAAAGGGAAAGAUCCCGGUUCCUCAAUCCAGAUCGCCUCUUCUUAUACAGAUGUCUCUAAUGACCAGGUUUGAGAUGCACAUUAAAUUGUGUGGAUUUCUCA